GAUUGCAUUUUGCCGUGCUCAUCUCACAAGCUGUCUCACGCAUAGGCUGUUUGCCGUUUUGACGCUGGUGGUUGGAGGGAAGGACUCAACCAGAAACUUCAACGCACUACCAUUGGCUUGCAGCAAUGUGGAAUGCCGAAUUUAAGACAUAUGUGCCAGUAGAGAAUGCAGAGAUCUAACAUGACGAGCCCUAUGAGGAUAAUUUAAGUUCCACGCUUUUGGAUACUUUUGGACACACCGGUAGCGCAAAUUCAAAUAUACUGGAGGAAACACAGUAUUCGAAUCAAAAUUGGAACAUGAGUGUCAAUACGGCUCAUGAAUCGCUUUCGUCAUGAGUGCAUGAUAACCAACUUCAGAGGAACCUGCCGCCGCCGCCGCUAUGGAGAAAGGGGGAAGGUCCAUGUUUUAAAGACUGAGCCCGUUCUGUUUUACGUUUGGUCUCUUCUGGGGAAUUCGUUCUACAAAGUGAUCGCAUUGUUUGUCGUUGACAUGUGGAGAGAAUAACGGAGAGGUAGAACUCAUCAACCGCGCCAAGUUAGACAAUGCGGACCCGAUUUCCAAGCGCCUCUGUUACACCCGCUAGUGAGCGAGCGGACCAUACACAUGCAACGCAUGAUCCGUGGUCAGCAUGACAUACGGCGAUCUCUGUACGGUGCACGUUGUAUCUGAUGACAUUUUUUCAGCUUUGAGGACUGUUUUCGUCCCGCAAUAUUAGUAGCUCAUGACUUUAAGUUGAGGGGGAGAAACACCAGCGGUACAAGAUGUUUGCUUUGGAAGUGCUGACUACCUUGUCGAUGCUCAGUUGUGCUGUAUGUGGUUAUUCAUCCUGGGGUAACAUAAACGCCAAACUGCCCAAUCACGUUAAUGAACUGGACAAGAGCUCAUCACAACCGCACAUCAUUUUCAUCAUGGUCGACGAUCAAGGGUUCCGUGAUGUGGGAUAUCACGGAUCCGAAAUCAAGACCCCAGCAAUAGACAGACUCGCCGCUACUGGAGUCAAGCUGGAGAAUUACUAUGUACAGCCUCUCUGCAGCCCUUCCCGAAGUCAACUCAUGACCGGCCGGUACCAGAUCCACACGGGCCUCCAGCACUCCAUCAUCCGGCCCACGCAGCCCAACUGCCUGCCCCUGGAGAACAUCACGCUGCCCCAGAAGAUGAAGGAGGCGGGCUACGCCACGCACAUGGUGGGCAAGUGGCACCUGGGCUUCUACAAACGUGGCUGCAUGCCCACGCAGCGCGGCUUCGACACCUUCUUCGGCUCGCUGCUGGGCAGCGGGGACUACUACCGCCACUACAAGUGCGACGGGCCUGGCAUGUGCGGCUACGACCUGCACGAGGGCGAGGAGGCGGCCUGGGAACAGGACCGCGGCGACUACUCCACGCUCAUGUACACGCAGAAGGCCGUGCAGAUCCUGGCAUCGCACAACCCGCGCCAGCGCCCGCUCUUCCUCUACCUGGCCUUCCAGGCGGUGCACUCGCCACUCCAGGUGCCGGCACGCUACCUGGAGCGCUACAAGUCCAUCCCCAACCUGCACCGCCGCAAGUACGCCGCCAUGGUCAGCUGCCUGGACGAGGCCGUGCACAACCUCACGAUGGCGCUCAAGCGCUAUGGCUACUACCACAACACUGUGAUCGUGUACUCGUCUGAUAAUGGAGGUCAGCCGAUGGCUGGGGGCAGCAACUGGCCACUACGGGGGAGCAAGGGCACCCUGUGGGAAGGGGGCAUCCGGGCGGUGGGCUUCGUUCACAGCCCCCUGUUGAUGAAGAAGGGCGUGCGGUGCCAGGGGCUAAUGCAUAUCACCGACUGGUACCCGACACUGGUGACGCUGGCGGGCGGGUCGCUCGGCGAGGAGCAGAGCCUGGAUGGCUAUGACGUGUGGGAGACGAUCAGCGAGGGCCGGCCGUCGCCGCGCCAUGACAUCCUGCACAACAUCGACCCCAUCUACAUGCGCGCCAAGAACGGCUCGUGGAAGGCCGGCUACGGCCUGUGGAACACGGAGGUGCAGGCGGCGCUGCGCGUGGGCCACUGGAAACUGCUGACCGGCGUGCCGGGCUACGGCGACUGGGUGCCGCCACAGACCUUCUCGACCACGCUGCUGGCCAAACACUGGCAUAGCGAGCGCGUGCGCUGGGACCGCGGCCAGUCGUUGUGGCUGUUCAACAUCAGCGCCGACCCGUACGAGCGAGUGGACCUGAGUCUCCGCUACCCGCACGUGGUCAAGAAGAUGCUCAUGCGUCUAGGGCGCUACGGCCGCACCGCCGUGCCGGUGCGCUACCCGGCCAAGGACUACCGCUCCAACCCGCAGUACAACGGUGGCGUGUGGGGUCCAUGGUAUAAGGAAGAGGAGGAUGACGACGAUGAUGAUGACGACAUGGAGAACAAUCUAUUCGACAACCAUUUAGGGCAGACGAGACGGAAAGGGAAAAUGCAACGAAAGAGCAAACUUUGGAGAAAGGGCUGAGGCAGUUGUUUUAGCAUCAUUAUUAUUAUUUCUCCAUUUAAGUUUUGAUUCUGUCCUUUCGUCCAGUGAAUCUUGCCAGACUGGUGAAUCUCAGGGAAUGAGACAGACAAUCGUCUGUUUGGUUGGUCGUCUCCACUGAUUUAAAAGCUGACGUUUUCACAUUUUCCAUGUCGAGCACCGAAUGUUCUCACUUCGAGAGGACAAAGUGAGCCACUUAAAACACUACUGUUCGCCCCCCCAACAACUAAAACCUCAGACUGUGGGCUAAGGUUAUGCAAAUAUUAUUUAUUUUUUCUUUACUUAGUUGCAUGCUUUUCAGUGAAUCAGAGUCUUAAUAAAUGACUUUAUUGUUUAGAUGUAAGGCAACAAAGUAGGAUCUUAUUUGAGUUUUUAAAAUAGACGGAGCCAUACUUUUGGCUGGAUUUUAAGGAAGAGUUAUAUCCUAGUCACUUUUUUGGAGCGUGAAAAAAUUUAACAGGAUAGAAGCUGCGGAAAAGAUGUGGAAUUUUCACGUUACUGUAAACUCUGAGACUAAUACGUGUGCGAACACCUCAGUGGACAGGAAUUUUUGAACCACGUACGUACAUGGAUGAUCUCUCCCUCAGUUCUGUCUGGGCUGGAUCCAGCUCAACUUGAAUGUAGAACAAAUAAAGCAUUCUGAAGCAAACCCUCCUCAUCUCUCUCUCCCUCUUACCCUCACCCUCUCUCUCUCUCUCCCGCUCCCCUCUUUUCCACAUUUACUACAUGUUGUAGUUUUAGUCACUUUUGAAGAGAGAAGUCCAUGUAUCUGAUUAGACUAAUAUAAACAUCCUGUAUCUCCUUCCUCAUGUCCGAGCACAUGGGUCUGCUCUGUGUGUCUGUUACAUUUUAAAGGGGGAUUUUUCCCCCCCUUCUUUUUUUUUCUUGGGCUCUAUUUGUUGGCAAGCAGCUGCUUAAUACCUUUUUUUUAUUUUAAGUGGAAAAGACUACAAAGCGCUUUUUCUGCAAGGCAAGGCUGGAAGUUAACCCAUUCUUCUGCUGAGGAUGUUAGGUUUCAGAUUAAUCUCACCCUGGGCUUACUCGUUCGGCACUCUGUGGUUAAAAACAAAAAGGAAAAUCUUUUAUGGGUCGCAGCAGCUCGGUGCCCAAAAACACAAGGAAAAUAAUCUUUAUUAGAGCCACAGUUGCCAGGAGAUAGCUAGUAAACGUGCAUAUUUAGGACAAACUGUGAAAACAUGAAAACAAUCUUUUGGUGACUGCGGAGUGCCAAGGACUUAAUAGGUGCAGCUUUGUUUUUGCUUCAUUUGCAGUUUAAACUUCAUUAAGUGUCUUCAUUAAAUCACACACAAUGGCCACUGAACACAACUAUUCUUACUUUCGAAACCGCUGUAUAUGAAGUAUGCCUUUGGUUAACAAGGCCGUUCUCUUUGCAAUGUAUUGACUAAGAUAAUCUGCUCUGCAUUUGAGCAUGUGCUUUGGAAGAGCACUGCAGUAACUCAUUAUCCGACCCUCAGAUGGAGACUCUUAGUUGUGACUGCUCUUUCUAACUUUGCAGUGUACAGAAUAAAACACAUUAUGUGCAUAUAUGA